AUGAAAUCAUUUUACCUACUACUUUAUAGCACCAUUGCAGUGACAGCAUUAGUUCAUGAAUCUUUAGAAACUCCGGCUCCAUUCUUACCUGUCAAUACAACUUAUCCACAAUGUUCUGAUGUUAUUAAUCAACCUCAUUCUCAACAAUGUAAAUUCAUUAAAGAUAAUAAUUGUACAUCUGAAGGAUUGACCAACUAUUUUGAAUUUUAUUAUUGUAAAUAUUCAUUUUUACAUUCAUUGGCAAUUAUCCCAUUAAGUAUUAGAUUGUUAUUUUGUUUCUUAUUAGUUGGAAUAACUGCUUCAGAAUAUUUAUGUCCAAAUCUUUAUACCAUAUCAAAAUUUCUUAAAUUACCUGAUACACUAGCAGGGUUGACAUUAUUAGCAUUUGGCAAUAGUGCACCAGAUGUAUUUGGUACUUAUCAUGCUAUAAAAUCAGAUUCGUUAAAUUUAGCAGUUUCUGAAUUAAUAGGGGCAAGUUUAUUUAUCAUGACUGUUGUUGUAGGAACAAUUGCAAUUGUACAACCUUUUGAAGUUCCAAAAGAAUUAUUUCUUAGAGAUUGUAUCAUGUAUUUCAUUGUAUUUCUGUUGGUUGUUUUAUCUUUGAUAAUUGGGAAAUUAUUAACUAUUAUAUGUAUUUUGCUAGUUCUGUUUUAUGUGGCGUAUGUUGGUGCAAAUAUUUAUUCCCAUUCAAAGAAAAAGGCAAGAAUUGCUAAAUUACUAAGAACUCAACGAUCAAGAGGUCAAUAUAGUGAUGGAACUACAACUAGUAAUAAUGAAUAA